UUAACUUUAUAGUGCGGGACAGAGAGUGUGUAGUGUGUGUGUAGUGUGUGUGUAGUGCAGUACUUCAGGAUUAAAACUCGAGUGGCGCGGCGGGAGCUCCUCUCCAGUUAUGAACUCCCUCCCUUUGUACUCCGGAGCCAGAAUCUCUGGCUGCUGGACUCUGAGAUCGGAUGGCAGCGGCGGCGGCGAGGGCUCUCUGGACAGGCUCCUCCCCCCCGUCGGACCGGGCCUCUCCCCGAGGAAGAGGACCACCAGCCAGUGCAAGUCGGAGCCGCCCCUGCUGCGCACCUCCAAGAGGACCAUCUACACCGCGGGCCGGCCGCCCUGGUACAACGAGCACGGCGCGCAGUCCAAGGAGGCCUUCGUCAUCGGACUGUGCGGCGGCAGCGCGUCGGGGAAGACGACGGUGGCCCGAAAAAUCAUCGAGGCCCUGGACGUGCCGUGGGUCGUGCUGCUCUCCAUGGACUCGUUCUACAAGGUGCUGACCCCGGAUCAGCAGACUCUGGCCGCCAGCAACGACUACAACUUCGACCACCCGGACGCCUUCGACUUCGACCUGCUGACCCACACGCUGCGCAAACUCAAGCAGGGCAAGAGCGUGAAGAUCCCCGUGUACGACUUCACCACCCACGGGCGGCAGAAGGAGUGGAAAACCGUGUAUGGAGCCAGCGUUAUCAUCUUCGAGGGAAUCAUGGCCUUCGCAGAUAAGAAGCUCCUGCAGCUGCUGGACAUGAAGAUCUUCGUGGACACGGACUCGGACAUCCGGCUGGUGCGCCGGCUGAGGAGGGACAUCUCGGGCCGGGGGCGGGACAUCGAGGGCGUCAUCAAGCAGUACAACAAGUUCGUCAAGCCGGCGUUCGAGCAGUACAUCGAGCCCACCAUGCGCCUGGCCGACAUCGUGGUGCCGCGCGGCGGCUGCAACAUGGUGGCCAUCGACUUGAUCGUGCAGCACGUCCACAGUCAGCUGGAGGAGCUACCUCAUGAAACACACGCGUGUGCAGAGAACCGCGCCGCUGUCCGUGUGUCGUAUUCACGCGUCUUCCCCUCUCUCCCGUUCCCUCCGCACACACACACACACGCUUGUUGCCGUGGUUACAGGGCGGCGCUGGCCUCGGCGCACCAGGCCCAGCCCCUCCCCCGGACCCUCAGUGUUCUGGAGAGCACGCCCCAGGUGAGGGGCAUGCACACCAUCAUCAGGAACAAGGAAACGAGCCGCGACGAGUUCAUCUUCUACUCCAAGAGGUUGAUGCGCCUGUUGAUCGAGCGAGCGCUGUCCUUCCUCCCAUCGCAGCUCCACGUCGUCCAGACCCCCCAGGGGGAGGAUUAUGAUGGGAGGGCGUUCCACGGGAAGAGGAUCACAGGCGUGUCCAUCUUGCGAGCCGGGGAGACCAUGGAGCCGGCUCUUAGGGCCGUGUGCAAAGACGUCCGCAUCGGCAAGAUCCUCAUCCAGACCAACCAGGACACCGGAGAACCUGAGCUUCACUACCUGCGUCUCCCGAAGGAAAUCGGUGAAGACCACGUGAUCCUGAUGGACUGCACGGUGUCCACCGGGGCGGCCGCCAUGAUGGCCGUUCGAGUCCUGCUGGACCACGACGUGCAGGAGGACAAGAUCCUGCUGGUGUCCCUGCUCAUGGCGGAGAUGGGCGUCCACUCGGUGGCCUACGCAUUCCCACAGGUCAAGAUUAUCACCACGGCCGUGGACAAGAAGGUCAACGACCUCUUUCACAUCAUCCCCGGCAUCGGAAACUUCGGGGAUCGAUACUUUGGAACGGACGCGCCGCCCGACUGGAGCGACGAGGAGACGGACGAGCCCAGCUACUGACCGCUGCUCGCCGGCGCCCCCCGCAGGACGCUCGCGAGAACGCGGCCGGACAGAACUCUGUGCACCUGGUUGAAAGAAGAAAAACGUAUUAUUUUAAAACGUGGAAAGUUGAUGAAGUGUGAAAAGUUAGUAGUUUUUUUUACAUGUGCAGAUGUUUUUAUUUCACCGCCUUACGCCGGGGCAACGCCGCCGCCGCUGUGGACGACUCAAUGAAUGUGAAUUUUCUCGCGCCGCAAAAGAAGAAAAGACGUCGGAGCUUUUUUCCCGUUAUUUAAAAUUUUAUUUAUUUGUUUAUUCUAAACCUUCCUCACAACUCUUCUCAAAGGCAAAUAACCUGAACAGGAGCUCGUGUUGCUCAACCUCGGCGCCGCCGGCGCUUCCUGGAGGACCGUCCAAUCAGAAAGAUCUGUGGGUGUAUCCGUCUUUCUCUCUUUUUGAUCUCUUCUCUUUUUUUUUGCGCUCUGGUUCACUCCCUCUCUCUCUCUCUCUCUCUCUCUCUGGAUGCUGACCUUACCAGUUGAAACGGGUGAUGGAAACUGUUUAUAUUUUAAAACAUGCAGAUAAGAGUAUUCACUUGUGGUGUGAAUUUAUGCAGCAUGUUCGACAUUUGCAUAUAUAUAAUAUAUACAUCAAUAAAUAUUUAUAUAUCAAUAUUUAUACACAUGUUUAUAUAUAUACAUAUGUUCAUUUAUACAUUUAUUUAUAUAUUAUAUAUAAAUAAAUAUAUUUAUACGUAUUUAUAAAUACAGUUAUAUAUGUAAAUAUAUUUAUUUAAAUACAUAUAUAUAUAUAUUUACAUAUAUUUAUAUAUAUGUCAAUAUAUUUAUUUAUAUACAUAUAUAUUUAUAUAUAUGUAAAUAUAUUUAUUUAUAUACAUAUAUAUAUAUAUAGGCAUUGAACAAACAUGGAAUAAGUGUUUGUUUCAGUCUCACUCGUCCUUAUUAAAUCCUCUUUAAUGCAUUA